AGUAUGACGCAACAAGAAUGGACGGAAUCUGUAAAGAAUUUGAAUGUUGAUAAUUUUACUGAAGAUAUCACAAAAACAGCGGUUACAGUUGUUACGAAUACAUUAGACAAUUUCUUACAGGCCUUUUCGUUAGGAUUUAUGAAUCCACUUCUUAAUGAAAGUACACUUGAACAUUCAUACCUGAAUGAUUUCGUUCAUCCUUGUCUAAAGACUGCCCUUUACUAUUGCGCAAAGGUUUAUUACACCUCUGGUGAAAUACCAUCUCCACAUCACAUAAAACGUCAAAAAGGGGAUGGAAUCGGACUCACUACAUGCGCAAAUAAAUAUCAAAUAGUGUACGUUGAAGGAACCCGUCCAUAUAAAGUUGAUCCCAAGAAAAUACUUGACAAUCAAAAUAAAAUUGGGAAAAACCUUAAAAGUUUGUUUCUUGAGAUAAUGGGAGACAGGGUAAGAACCCGAAGAAUUAUAAUGCCCGAUAUGGAGGUGUUUGGUGUAUCCAGUGCUGAACAUAAUUUAUAUAUGUACGUUUUUGGAUUUUCUGGCAAUUAUUACCUUCAAGAGGUAGACAGUGCGUCAGUCCCCCGAGACUUUACAGAAAUGGAGAAGUUCAUAUUCUUUUAUGAGGCGAUUCUCAAAUGGGCU